GAGAGAAAGCUCCGCCUCUCUCCCCCGGCUCUGGAAAUGCAGGCAGCCAGGAGGAAUUCUCAGGCCCCCAGAGUCCGGGGGCCACGGCUCCUGGGCAUCUGCGGAAGACCCACACGCCCCUCACUCCUGCAGCUCUGCCCCGCGCUCUGCGCAGCCUGGCGCGGACGCUAACUGAAACGCGAACCCUGAACCGCGCCCUGGAGGGGCUGGGGAGACACAGCGGAGGGGGUGGAGCUCUACACGCCGGGGGUCUCUCUAGUUCCCCAGGAGACCUCUGGGGGUAGGGUCCUCGUCUGUCUGCCUGGCUUUGUCUGUCUGUCUGUCUGUUGUGGCCUCUCUGGCAGGGAUAAGACGAGGUGGGGCAUCACUCGUCUUUGUCUAGCAGUGGUCUGUGGUUGACUCUGCCAAACGUUCUCAUCUCUGCCUAUUUCUAUCUCUGCCUCUUUGACCUGACUUACCUGUUUGUCUGUCUGCCCUCAGGUGUGUGUGUGUGUGUCUGUGUGUGUGCCUGUGUAGGGGGUGGGUUCUCGCCAAGGUCUGCCCCUUCCUUCACCUCUCUCCGCACACCCCGAGAGCGGCCGAGAGCCGCGGCGCGGAGUCGGAGGCCGGGUUGCGGGCGGGAGCCCUUCCGACCCCCGGCGGGACCCGGACAGCGCGUCCCAGCUGGAGCGCCCCUCGCGCCCCCUCCCGGCGUGGGCGCCGCCCCGGAGCGCGAACUGGCGGCGGGGGCGGGGCCGGCCGGCCACUCGGGGCCCGCCCCCCGCCCGCCCCCUCCGCGGCGCCCCGCCUCCCGGCCCGCCCCCUCCCCGGCGCCCCGCCGCCACGCACUGAGCAUCCUGGACGCCGCGGCCGCAGCACCGCCAAACUUUGCCGGGAGCCGGAGCUGGCGCCGGCGCGGCCAGGAACCAGCGGAGACCUGGAGAGGGAGAGAGGCUGGAGGGACCCGAGUUUCCUUCUGCGUUAUCCGUGUGGUUCUGGCUGCAGCCUUGCAGGUGGGGUAAUUGGAGUCCUGGCUGUUUACCCAAGCUCCACCCAGCCCAGCAAGCAAGAGCCCGGGGAAUGAGCCAUAGCCGUAGGCUGCUCUUGUACCAAUGACCUGUCUCAAUUCCUCCUCCGACUUAGAAGACAAGAUGUGUGAGGGGAACAAGACCACCAUAGCCAGUCCCCAACUGAUGCCCCUUGUGGUAGUCCUGAGCACCAUCUCCUUGGUCACAGUGGCACUCAACCUGCUGGUCCUGUAUGCUGUGCGGAGCGAGCGGAAGCUACACACUGUGGGGAACCUGUACAUCGUCAGCCUCUCGGUGGCAGACCUGAUUGUGGGAGCUGUUGUCAUGCCCAUGAACAUCCUCUACCUCUUCACGUCCAAGUGGCCCCUGGGCCGGCCUCUCUGCCUCUUUUGGCUUUCCAUGGACUACGUGGCCAGCACAGCAUCCAUUUUCAGUGUCUUCAUCUUGUGCAUUGAUCGCUAUCGCUCAGUCCAGCAGCCCCUCAGAUACUUGAGGUAUCGUACCAAGACCCGAGCAUCAGCCACCAUCUUGGGGGCCUGGUUUCUGUCCUUCCUGUGGGUUAUUCCCAUUUGGGGCUGGCAUCACUUCGUGUCACAGACCUGGAACCGCCAGGAGGACAAGUGUGAGACAGACUUCUAUGAUGUCACCUGGUUCAAGAUCAUGACCGCCAUCAUCAACUUCUACCUGCCCACCUUGCUCAUGCUAUGGUUCUAUGCCAAGAUCUACAAGGCUGUACGGCAGCACUGUCAGCACCGAGAUCUCAUCAACGGAUCCCUCCCUUCCUUCUCUGACGUUAAGCUGAAGCCAGAGAAUCCCAAGGUGGGUGCUAAGAAAUCAGAGGAGUCUCCCUGGGAGGUUCUGAAAAGGAAGCCAAAAGAUGCUGGUGGUGGAUCUGUCUUGAAGCUACCAUCUGAAGACCCAAAGGAGAUGAAGUCCCCAGCUGUUUUCAGCCAAGAGGAGGUUGGAGAAGUAGACAACCUUCACUGCUUCCCACUUAACACUGUGCAGAUGCACACUGAGGCAGAGGGGAAUGACAGGGGCUACGUAGCCAUCAACCAGAGCCAGAGCCAGCUUGAGAUGGGUGAGCAGGGCCUGAACAUGCGUGAGGCCAACGAGAUGCCAGAGGAUCAGAUCCUGGGUGACAGCCCAUCCUUCUCCCAGACAGACUUAGACACCCCCCCAGAGCCAGCAUCUGGGAAAGGCAAACCGAGAGGUGGGUCUAACACAGGCCUGGAUUACAUCAAGUUCACUUGGAAGAGGCUCCGCUCACAUUCGAGACAGUGCGUGUCUGGGUUGCACAUGAACCGAGAACGGAAGGCUGCCAAACAAUUGGGGUUUAUCAUGGCGGCCUUCAUCCUUUGCUGGAUUCCUUACUUCAUCUUCUUCAUGGUUAUUGCCUUCUGUAAGAGCUGUUGCAAUGAGCAUGUACACAUGUUCACCAUCUGGCUGGGCUACAUUAACUCCACACUGAAUCCCCUCAUUUACCCUUUGUGCAAUGAGAACUUCAAGAAGACGUUCAAGAAAAUCCUGCACAUUCGCUCCUAAGGGAGACUAGAAGGGGAUGCAACAAAGUGACAUUUAGGAUGUCCCUGAAGGAAAUGGAGGAUGAAGGCCUGUGAGCUGCCAGGUACCUGGGCUUUCUGGAGUCAAAAGAAUAGUCUUAAGGGCUGGGUAAUUUGGAAAGUUCUCAGGCACCAUUGGAAGAACAGCAUAUGGCGGUGGUCAGUGGAGAGAUUGUACUCUGAGUAGAAAGUUGAAUAUUUCCAAGAGAAUCAAAUCUGGAUAAUUUUUCCUGCUCUGCAGGAAGUGUGGGAGCCUCAGACUCUCAUUGUAAUUCAAGCUUUCAGGCUUGAAUUAAUUGGCAACCAAAGGGACAUGUGGGUAGAGUUCCACUGGAAAAUUAGAUGGAACUCUGGAGCCUUCCUGGAAUGGCGCUGUAUGACUGUGCAGAGACCUUGCACAUGCAGAUAGAUGCUGUCCCAUGGGUCACCUUGAGAGGCAUGACAGCUGUUCCACUGUGACUGCCACUUCUCAGAACAUCUCUCUUCCGAGCCUCUUUUAUAGCUUUCUCCAGAACCAGUGUCUGGAACACCCUGGAAAUUCUGCCUUAUUACUUCUCACUCACGCAUGUCUUAGAGUUGAUAGGAAAUUAUGCAGCUUGUACAUCCGUUGUUUUCAACUCCAAAUUCCUUUUGGCUAUUAAAAAAAUAACGAUAAAAACUGCUCUCAAAAGAAACAGAAAAGGAAUGUUCUUAAUGGUUGCACAUUAAAAACAAAAAAAGAAAAAGGGGAGGAGAAAGCUAUAUUUCCUGAGGGCUGUGCCAGGGUUAUGUCACUUAAGCCCCAUGACAUCCCACAAGAGGAGGGUGGUAUUGCUAAAGGAGCAAAUUGAGGCACAGAAAGGUGAAAUAAGGUGCCCAAGAUCAAAUAGCUAGUUAUGUGAGGAAGCUACAGUGAAAACCCUGUGGGGUUCCAGAUCAUUGUGACACAUUUUCUCCAAAAGGCAAAAGUUUUCCUGUUAAGUACACACACACACACACACAAACACACAACAUUGCCAAGAGUGGUGACAUUUUCUCAAAACAAUAUGUUGAGAGCAGCAACAGCUGACAUAGAACAUGUCUGUGGCCUCAGGUGAUACUUUGAAAGGGACGGUGUGCAUUUUUAUCUGUGAGUUCUGCUGUGUUUGUUGAAAAGUCGUGUUCUUUUAUAGUCACACCUCUUAAGUAAAAACUAGCAAAGGCAUGGGAACAUACCAUUUUACUUGGUGUUUGUGUUGCAAUCUGAUUGUGAUUUAUAUUUUAAAAUGAUGCUAAACUGUAAUAUAUGUAGCAAAUGGGAGUGCCUAUACAAGCUGGUAUUUUGUGUCUUGUGUUCCUGUUUGCAUGAUCUCUUCAAAUGAGAGAUUUUUACCAACCUAAAAUAUGGUCUUUGAAACUA